AUGGAUGAUCUCAAUAACUGGAUUAUAAAUUCUGAACUUGAUGACCUGAGGUUUAUUGGCCACAUGCACACCUGGACCAAUAUAUCCCAGGGACAGCCCUCAAUUGCAAAGAAACUUGAUAGAGUCAUUGUGAACACUCACUGGCUCUCUUCUUUUCCAAACUCAACAGCAAAUUUUGCUCCUCCUUUGUGCUCUGAUCAUUGCCCCAUGUUAGUGGAUAUAGGAGUUCCCACACCAAGAAGGAAAUGUCCUUUCAAAUUCUUUGAUUUUUGGUGUGAGCAUCCUAAUUUUUUGACAACAGUUGCUUCUGUAUGGAAUACUGAAGUGUCUGGAGUGCCUAUGUAUAGGGUUACCACAAAACUCAAAAGACUGAAAAGUGCACUAAAAAAUCUUAACCACAAUGUUUUCAGUGAUAUUUCUAGCAGGGUAAAGAAUGCAAAGUUUAACCUUACUGCUUGCCAAAACCUUUUAGACUCUGAUCCAGGGAACAUUGAGCUCAGGCAACAGGAAAGAGAUUUACUACUUACUUAUUCCAGUCUAAGUAAAGUGGAAGAACAGUUGUUUCAGCAGAAAUCAAGAGUGAAGUGGCUAGCUCUUGGUUUGAACUCCUUGUCACCAUUCAUCUCUAAAUCAGUCAAUACUGAAUUCCAUGAUAUUCUUUGCUCUAUCCCAACUGAUGUUGAAAUAAUGAACUGCAUGUUCUCUAUUAAAUCAAAAAAAUCUCCAGGUCUUGAUGGUUAUAACUCAUUCUUUUUCAAAAAGGCUUGGAGCAUUGUUGGGAGAGAUGUCACAUUGGCCAUUAGGGAUUUUUUCCAAUUUGGGAAAAUAUUCAAACAAGUUAAUGCAACUUAUUUGGCACUUAUUCCUAAAGUCCCUAACCCAUCAUCACCCUCUGAAUACAGACCUAUAACUUGUUGUAGUGUCUUGUACAAGUGUAUUUCCAAGCUUAUUGUAAAUAAGUUAAAACCCAUUAUGCCUACCUUAAUUGAUAAGGCCCAAAAUGCCUUUGUCAGUGGUAGAAAAAUUGGGGAUAACAUCAUCUUGGCUCAAGAAUUGCUAAGAGGUUAUCAUAGGGACCUUAAUCCACCUAGAUGCACACUCAAAGUAGAUCUCAUCAAGGCCUAUGAUACUCUAAGCUGGCAGUUUAUCCUGGAUGUUCUCCAACUGAUGCAAUUCCCUCCAAUAUUCAUCUCUUGGAUUAAAGCAUGUAUAUCUACUGCAUCCUUUUCUAUUUGUAUUAAUGGUGAACUGUGUGGUUUCUUUAACAGCAUCAAAGGGCUAAGACAGGGGGGAUCUUCUAUCUCCUUACCUCUUCGUUCUGGCAAUGGAUAUGACAUUUUAAUAUUCUGCCAUGGAAAUGUAAGAUCUGCACAGUCACUCAAAGUUUCCAUUGAUACCUUCACUAACCUUUCUAGCCUCACCCCUAACCCUAACAAAAGCAACUUAUUUUUCAGUGGAACUCCACAUCAGACCAAAAACACCAUAUGCAACAUCUUUCAAUUCCCUUGUGCUGAACUACUUGUCAAAUACCUUGGCCUACCUCUAAUCUCUAUUAGACUCACAACAAAUGACUACCAAUCCAUCAUUGACAGCAUGCUUUCUAGAGUUACAAGUUGGACUGCAAGAGCUCUAUCCUUUGUAGAAAGGUUACAGUUAAUUCAAGCUACGCUUUUCAGCAUGCAUAUUUACUGGACAAACCUCCUGAUUUUACCAGCUAAAGUGUGUGACAAGAUGAACCAACUAAUGCAAAGAUUCUUAUGGUCAGGCAAAGCAAUGAAUAAGUACAGAACUAAGGUGGAAUGGGAGCAUAUGUGUAACCCUAAACAUGCAGGAGGACUGGGCAUCUAUGAUAUACAACUUUGGAACAAGGCCUCAAUUUUGAGACAUAACUGGACUUUAUGCUCUAAUGACUCAACUGGAAUUUGGAAAGAAUGGACACUCAAGAAUUUAGUAAAAAACAAGAGCCUUUGGGACAUUUCUAUUCCUAGUGACAGCUCUUGGUUCUGGAGAAAGCUUCUACAGAAUAGAACUUUGGCACAGCCUUUUGUCAAACACAUCCUCAACAAUGGCUCAUCAACAAUGGUUUUCUUUGACAAUUGGCUCCCAUGUGGACCUCUCUAUCAGGAGUUGGAGGCCAAAGAGGCAAAAACCGGCGGCCGGAAUUUGAGUCUCUGCCGUUGGUCCGUGCCGGAGCUCGGCGAUCUAACACAUCUUCGUCGGCAAGGAUCAUCACAACUUGAGGGAGAAUUUCUCUCCGGCGAGGACAAGGGUUUUACUUUUAUCUCUUAA